AUGGAUCCUCAGGACACGCUCCAGGACCUGGGGCGAGCUCCGGCUGCUCUUAAAAACCGCAGCGUCAGCCCCUCGGCUCAUGCUCACCAGCAAUACAACAAUCAUAACGACUUGACGAUUGACCCUUCGAUCACCACCAAUUCCUCUUACCCCCCUUCGUCCUUUGCCAAUAAUACCGUUCCUGGCUCCGACGCGUUCGCCUACUCAUCGAGCUAUCUCACUCCUGCUAUCGCGACCGAUCAACACUUUGCCCGCCCUAGCCUACAGAUCCCACAGUCGUUCGACCAAGGGCUAUCGCAUCAGCCGGUUGAGGAGAACUUCUCCAAUCUUUUGAAUUCGAAUACCGGCGACUUUGACUUCGCGCUCUAUCAGGCCCCAAGCCCGAACAAUUCUGGCUCCGACUACCCCUCCGGCUUGCUCGAUCCGCAGCAGUCGGCAACUCAGGCUGUUAACCCGGUCGAUUUGGUCAGCCAAAUCCCGUCUCCUCACCCCUCAAACUCGCCGCAGACCUCGCCGCUGGAACAGCAGCCAUCGGCUUCCUCUCCGAACGCCAUGUCGCCGCCUGCCUCUUCGCCGGGGACGUUCUAUACCCCUCAACACUCGCGUCACACGUCCCUCGAUCCCGCUAGUGCCGCCUACAUGGCAAACGUUUCGCAUCCCGAGUGGCAAGCUGUUAUAAACAAUUCCUCCUUCCACGGUCAUCGACGCGCUCCUUCGGAGGUCUCCGAGGUGUCAUCCGCAGCCCAUUCCCCGUACCUCCCCCAACAUGACACUUUCGACAUCGUGGACAAUAACCCAUCCCCGCUUCUGGGCGCCCAGAACGAUCCUAGUCUCUAUGAUAAUGCGGCUCUGGGAAUUGAGUCAUUUACUCUGUCCGAGCACCAUCAGCCCCAACCGCAGGGCAUUAGCCCUCACCACAGCCCUUACAUCUCUCCUCAGCUGAUGCCCCAGCAUCCGCCAGACAUGAUUCCCAGUGGUCCAUUCAUUUCCCCACCUGCAACUAGCUCUGCCUACCCUACACCUCCAACAGAGGGCUACGUAAAUGGUCUCGACAGUAUGAUGCCGCAGGCGAACCAAUUCGGUGACAUUGGACAAGCGUCACAAAUGGCUCCGCCGUCCAUCAACGUGGAAUUUGCGCCACCAGCAAAGACUCAAGUCUUUCCCACUGAUAAGCCUUCUGGUGAUAUGGAUACGCUGAGUCCGCCGCCAUCUAUGCGCGCGUCGCGUAUGCGGAGCAAGUCCGAUCCAUACACGGUUUCGAUCUCCCGCCCUCGCUCGCCCUCGUCCCCCGCGGCUAAUUUGGAUGUACUGGCCGCUUCGUCACCUCGAUCAUUGUCACCCUUCGAUGUAGGCCGCCACCCCUACAGCAAUCCCAGCUCCAGGGAGGCCUCACCUGCGCGUUCCCGACGACUUUCAACAUCGUCGGUGGAUAGUCGAAACUAUAUCCUGGGCCUUGCGGAUCCCCAACGGCCUGGAUCAAACACUACCGAUUCUAAACGUGUUCAAAAACACCCGGCGACCUUCCAGUGUCAUCUCUGUCCCAAACGCUUCACUCGGGCGUACAAUCUACGUUCUCACUUACGAACCCAUACAGACGAACGGCCGUUUGUUUGCACCGUCUGUGGCAAAGCAUUUGCCCGCCAACACGACCGUAAACGUCACGAAGGCUUGCACUCGGGUGAGAAGAAGUUUGUUUGCCGCGGUGACCUCUCCCGAGGCGGACAAUGGGGUUGUGGUCGCCGAUUCGCUCGUGCGGAUGCGCUGGGGCGCCAUUUCAGGUCAGAAGCCGGUCGAAUCUGUAUCAAACCGCUCCUGGACGAGGAGUCUCAAGACCGGGAACGCACGCUCAUGAACCAACAACAGCAGCAUCUGCAGCCCGUCACGCAACCCCUCAUGGUCCCAGGAAUGGAGGGCCAGCAUACCGGCAACUUCAUUCUUCCCGCGGCACUGCUAGCUCAGUAUCCAGCACUGCAAACAUUGCAGUGGGAUCAAAUACCCGCCGGGGCCGAUGACGCGAGCGAUAUCGGCGGUCGUAACAGCUUCGACGCCAGUUCAGGCGGAGAGUUUGGGUUUGACGACGAUGAAUCGGGGAUUAGUGUCUCCGGCAUGAGUGCUGGCUAUGCUAGCGACCAGGGCAAUAUCUACGGAGUGGAUGCCCAGGGCCAAAUGCUCGGUGUCAACCCAGGCGAAACUGGCUAUGCGAAUCAGAACUGGGGUAAAUAG